UUUUUUCGACAUAACCUCACAAGUUUAUGUCAAUAAUGCGUUGUUUAUCUUUGGUGUUUUGUGUUAUUUCGUCGAUUUUAAAGAUAAAAAGCGAUUUAUCGUAGCGAUGGGUAAAUACAUACCCACAAACGAUGGCGAAAUACACAAAAUCAAGAAGAAUUUCGCCAUCAAGAAGAGGAAAAACAAGCUGAACAAGAAUUUGGCAAACAACGUGACAAACAUAGAAAAUCAAGAUUUAGGCGGUAUCGCUAACGUUAAGAAGGUUACAAAAACGUACAGCUACAAAACCGAGGCCGAAAUUAAUAAAAAUUGUAGUGAUGAAGUCUUGACGAUUCAGAAUUGUGAAAGUGAGACUUUGUUCAAUCAGUCGAUUGUAAGUUAUGAGGAACUUACGAAUAAGGACUUGUAUUUUCAAGUUAUGGAUGAAGUUUCAUUGGAGGGUCUUGACGGAAUUACUUUAGAAGCCCUUUGGAAAAGAUUGGAACAAUUCACAAAUAAAACGUUUUAUUUUGAUUUUAAUUCUCAAAGUCUAAUUUGGAGGUUGCUACGUAGCAACAAUAAUGUGGAUUUCUUUGAAUUAGAGGAGCCUCGGCCAGAAUUAUUUAUUUAUAAUAGAUAUGAUUACGUAAGCAAAGAAGAUGGAAUUUGUUUGGAACUUGCAGACAAUAUGUUUCCUGAUAUUUACCCAUAUGAAAUGGUUAAUGAUUAUGGGGUGAGAGGGUCUUGUAAAACUUAUCGUACCAGAAAAAAAUUGGAAGACAUUGAUGAUCUGUCUUUGGAAGAAGCUGUGGGAAAGUAUGGAAAUAAACUUGUUAUUGUAGCGGACCAAGAUGCAAGAAAAAAUGCAAUAAUGUUUGAAGGAUCAGAUCCCAUAACUGAACUAAAUGAUAUUGAGUAUGGAAUAAUAGAAAGACUGGGCCGUGCUCGACAAUAUGGAGAAAUAACAAGGGGACAUAUUUCUUUACAAAGUUUAAUACCAGAUUCAAAAAGUCUGCAUCAUUACCAAAAUAAUUUUAUUAAAUAUGAUUUGAUCAGGAAACAGGUGUUUUAUAUUAAAAAUUUGAUGACAGAUAAGUUAAGACAGGGGCGGCUAUUGCACCUGACAAGAUUUUACAACCUACAGAAGACAAAAAGACUUAAAAUAGCGGAACAAGUAAUAAAUUUAAUGAAGACAAAACCGAACCAUACAAUAGAAUACAGUGAGAUUAGAAAAACAUUUACGCAUAAUUUUGCGUCGGUUAUUAAAGUAGUUAAAUCGGAUGAAUUCAGAAAUCACGUCAAAACAGAUGUUUUUGUAAGGUACAGAUCAAUUUACCCCAAUGCGGCAGUGGGAGAAUGGAGGUGUGGUUCAAAAAACAAGGAACGCCACGUUCGAGUUUUGGAACUAAAAGACCCAAGCGUCAAUAUAUCGGCAACGUGGCAAAAAAACGACGACGACUCCGAUAACGACGAACCUCAAAGUGACUUUGUGCCAGGUCAUAAAAGUGUCAACAAAGAUAGUUGCACUGAAGUUUAUAAUGUAAUUCUUGCCCAUGGGUGUGAGGGUAUGACCUUGUCAGAAAUAGGCGCUAAAUGCGAAAUAGAAAGUUAUACUAUAAGGCUUAUACUGAGACGGUUGCUUGCCAAGAAGGAGGUUUUUACUAAAAAACAUGAUGUGGGAAAGCAGCGAUACUUAAGAUAUAUACCGAAAUGUUUUCAAGAAAACCCAACCCUAAAAUUUGACCCACCUGCUCCGAAAGAGCCCAGAGACAUGUCGGUCAUAGAAGAAAUUUUGUCUCGUCAAAGAGAGGCCAUAAAAAACGCACCAAAAAGUGAAGUUUACACAGUAGAACAGGCCGAAUUAGACCGACUGAUGACGAAAGAAAACGACAAAUGCCCCAGUGUGAUAGAGUUGGAACCAGUGACGAUAAAAUGCACCGAAUUAUUAAAAAAAAGAGAGGAACAAGAUGGAAAUAAUUUAACACCAAUGGAGGUUGAAGUCAGGGCGAUUUUUUUACCGCCCGCCGAAUCGUUUAGUGUUAAUUUAACGUAUGUUAAGUACGUUACUGUGAAUAAACCAAGCAUCAAGGAAAUCAUAAAACAAUACAAGUUCAAUGUUUUAUCUGGCGUUUCCAACAUUAAAAACCAUAUUUUGGAAGUCGAUAAAUUCGACAAUGUGUGCAAAGUUUUGUUGGUGAAGUUAAUGUUGGGAGACAUUGUUAAAAGACAUCCAUUGGAUUUUUACUUGAAAUGUGUGGAAGAAAGCAUUGAAAGUAGGAUAAAUCUUAAAGAUAUUAUCGCCAAAAACAGUGAGGAAAAAUUGAAAGAAUCGGCUGAUAAUAAAAGUUCCGUUGUAAAGAAUAUUUCUCCUUUAAAGCAAACCGACCUGAACGCGUCGGUCAUAUCGAACUAUGGCAACGACAAAAUCCCGAAACUGCCCGUGAACUACAUGGGUUCGAAUCCCGUCGUCAUAGUCGACGAGACCGACGAAAAGGGGGUCAGAGUGGUGGUGGAGAUGUCCACGCCGCCUGUCACUUUCGUGCCCGAAAACUCCGCCUACGUCUCGAAGAACGACGAAACGCCUCGAGUGCUGUCCAGGCUGAAAAUUAUCUUGGACGCUGUUAAAAGGGACAGGGUCGUCGAAGAUUCCCACAAGUUGUCGAAAACUAUCGAAUGUAUCGAGAAGGAGGAGGGCUAUGACAAGAAGAUAGACAGAAAAUCGGUGUUCAGGCUGUUCAAGAAGCUCAUCGAAGAGGGCUACGCAAAAAUGUUCAGGCUGCUGAUGUGGGAUGAACAUACCACAAAGUUUCAAACGUUUUUGUGCGACACUGAUAUUCCAGCCACACAUAAUAUUAUUAAAACUUGCCAGGAACAAAUGAAACUGAGGUUCUUCAUGGGCGUGUCGAAGAAGCGCACCGCCUCCUUGGCCGCUUUGUCCCCGGCAGCGCCGCCGCCGGCCAAGAAGCGAACCGACGCGUCCCCCUUCGGGGCCGAGGACGUGCGCGAGAGCAUCUCGCAGCUGAACAGCGCCGGCGAGCGGGACUUCCUCAACGCGGAGCAGCACAAGCCCGACCGCCUCAUCGGCCGGCAGUACGGCUUCAAGCCCAAGUACGUGCGCAUGCAGAUCCUGCACGAGUUCCUGCACUAUCUGGUGCGCUUCUUCGAGGGCCGCAGGAGACUAACCGACGAGGAGGUGGAGGAGUUGUUCAGGUCGAACAAGAUCGAGAUGACGACGGCGGAUUUGGAGUCGCUGCCGCCGAUGUACGUCAAGGAGAUCAGCUGGAAGAGUUUCAUCAGGGGGUUGCCUACUCACAAGGGCUGGCCUACUGGUUGGGCUCUGGUGGCGGACGUCAUUCUUCGUUUACCUCUCAGCAUUUUGGUUAAAUUGUAUAACGUCACCUUCAACGAUUCCGAGCUAAGCGAGCUUUUGCAGCAUCCGGUAAAAAGGCACUUUUUAAUAUCGACGUUGUCGGAAAAGGCGAAACGCGUGCUCUUCUACAAGCGAAAAUACCUCAAAAGCAUACACGACAUACUCUGCCAGUUGGCGCUGACAGGCCUACUGCAGUUCGGGCCUCAGAAGCAAAAAGAAAAAGAUCAGGUUUUCGUGUUUCUAAACACCAAAGCGAGCAUAUACGACACCACGUCGAGUGAACCUGGUUACCACAAAGUAACCGAAAAAGAGUACACGAAGAGGGCGUUUACUUUUGCCACCCAAGAGGACAUUGACACCUAUUGGUACCAACUUUGGAACAUCUGCAUGAACACGAAACUGGGCGCCAGAACCGUGAUGGCGGGCAAAAAUAUCACCUACAUGGAUGUCAGCAUCAAAGAAGAACUUAAUCGGUGCCUGAGACCGCAGACCAACGAGAACGCGAGAAAGUUGGACACCGGGGAAAUACCGGGCGAUCGUAGGGGUGCGGGUGGUUUGGACUCGAUACUUUGGUCCCACAUCGCCAGAAACUGGCAGUGGUUCACAGUCAACAAGAAAAACGAUUGCAGCACCGAACUGACGCUUUUGAAGAGGGAAAAGUUCGAUAAGACCCUGACGUACCCGGUGCCGUUCGCGCAGCUGAAGCAGUCGUUCAAGAUAUCGGCGCGGCCGAAGCUGCAGCCGCAGGCGCGCGCGCACAACCACCUGUGCUUCCGCACGACGAAGAAGAAGCCGAAGAUGGUGCGCAAGAUGCAGCCGCUGCGCGCGAAGAAGAAGAAGCCGCUGACGGACAGCCUGGACAAGAAGCUGCUGAAGCGGCUGGGCAAGGUGCGCGUGUCGUGGGACGCGCGCGAGGUGAGCCACCUGUACGUGAACAAGGCGGUCUUGCUGCUGCUGUGCCCGAAGUAUCCGUCGAAGAAUUACAUUCCGUUCACGGUGCAGAGGGACGUGAUGCAUUUGUGCAUACCGAAGAGCAGGAGCAAGUCGUCCGAGGCUGUCAAGAGGAAGAUGCGCAUUUUGCAUAGAGACGACGCGACGUACCGCUCUCUCGACCUCAACUUCAUGCACCUUAUGAAAAUCAAACCGAUCGAAAAGUACUUCAAGUACCUCGUGUACGACUUAACGAAAAACGGUCUGCAAAACUCGAGCGAGAAGCAGAUCGCGUGCGCCUACCUCUUCGCCAUGUUCUACCUCACCAAGCACACAGACGAAGUAAAAAACUUACUCCUCGGCGCCAGCACCAACUUCCAAUACGCUACUGAAAGCAACUUGCUGGAUAACGCGAACGAUUUCGAGUACUGCGAUGAGGAGAACGAACAACACGUUGGUUAUAGAGAAGCUACCUCGGAAGAAGAGGUGCAAAAAGAGUUGGUGAAGAGUAUUAUCCACAGCAAUUUGGGCUGUCAGGGCGAUCACGCCGCCUGGCAGUACCAACUCUUCAAAACCUACCAGAACUACCCCGAUAAUGUUCUACACAACGCUGUAGAAGAGCUUAAAGAGCAGCAGUUUGUAACCAUGAAACCCACUGGACGGCAAAAGCACAACAAGAAGAAAAAAACGUGGAGCAACCCCGUACAACUGUCCUCGUACUAUAUCUUCACUCAAGCAUGCACCUAUAGUGUACAAACUGCCCUGGAGGCGUAUAAAUCCUUCCUCAACGCUGACAACAAAAAAGAUAAGUUGGACUUUGCUUUAACCACUCUCGAAGGUAAAAAAUACGGGCAAAUGCUGUGCUACAACGAAAUCUACACGUUCUGCGAGAAAAUCGCUCUACAAUUUAGCGUGCCCGAGUACUCGCUGAUUUUGGACCCCGCAAUUGAAGACCACAGCGAACUUGUCGAAGAACUGGCCAUACGGCACCAAAUCAAAAUCAGAAGGAUGAUAGAAAAUCAAAAGCAAGUCAGAAGUAAACCCAACCCCUCAGAGGUGGAUUUUGAGCCGCAAGAGGCUCCAAGAAAAAACACUGCGCGUUCCUCGGCACCCUCCAACGAUAAACCCGAGCCGACCUUGGAUUUGGAGGCGUUGGAGGAAGGGGGGGACUCGCCGGAAACCAUAGACAACUUAAAAUCGUGGUUGUCAAAGUGUUUGAAGGCGGACGUGGAGCGCCGAAGUCCCAGUCCGGAGUUCUUGGAGAGGGUCGAAGUUUCGCGGGAGGAGGAUGGGGAAGGGGGCAGGGAUUUGGGGGUCGAUGUGGAGCGAAAAACCCCCAGUCCCGAUGCGUUCGCUGAUAAAGGGGAGACGGUGCGAGAAGAUCGGUUUGAAGAGGAGGAAGUGUUCGUCGAAGACGGGAAAUGUGUGCCCACGUUGGAGGAGAUAAAGAAAGCCAUCGUGGAUGAAAGUGCAAACUCCAGCACUCUGCCUUACAUCGGCGACCUUUCCAAUCUCCUAACGAAGGAGGCCUUUCCGGAAAGAGACACCGACGAAGAGACCUUGGAAAGGCUCAAAAGUCACUUCGUGGCCCAGUAUCCGGAAAUAGUCGACGUUAUUAUCGACGACAUGGAGGACUUCCGGUCGACAAUCCAAGUCAAAAGCGUCUUUUGCAGGGAUAAAUAUGUUGAGCUUUGGAAAGAAGUCAAAAGGAAAGCGUACAUUUAUGAACCGGAAAACAAAAAUUUACUCAACGAGGUCGAAAAUGUCGGUGGUGAUUCCAUAGAUUUUGCUUUACUCGACGAAUUGGCGGAUUUUAUAAAAGAGAGAGGGUUCCUAGGAGUGGAAACUUCAGAUAUACAGGCCGGCUUUCAAAACACACAUUUUCUGAGCUUGGACGCGAUGAUAAAAUUCCUUUUGGAUCAUUACAUUGUGCUGCAAUGUGGCAUAUGCUCUAGAAAAUUCGUACAUCACAGCUUUAAAAACCACUGGGUAAUGGACACCUUCAAACUCACAGAUGAAGAUGAAGCUCUCAUAGAAAAAAAUAAGGACUGCCUCAAGGAUGCCAAGGAAGAAAUUGAAUCACAAUUGAGACCGGUCGAUAAACUAAAAGUACAAAUAAUGCCUUGGAUAAAGGUGGACGGCUCAUUUAAUAUUCCUGUGUUCAGAAAGUGGCUCUGUUGUGUCCUCUCUUACACAAUGGAGAACCCAAACACUUUUUUAAGCUGUCUUUUCGAGAAAUAUUGUUAUGUGAAACCUGUUGAUUUAUUUUAUUUGUUGGAGAUUUUGCAAGAUUUGGAUUGUUUGGAAUUGUGGACGUAUGAAACUGUGGAAAUUAAUUUAUUCACGGAUUUAACCACACCAGUGGAUUCUCGAAAGGCCACUAUUUUGGACAAUUUUGAAAACAUGUUUAUUAUUCCUAGUACAAUCUCUAUGUCUAGGCUAGGUGCAUUUUUAGAUGUUAUGGAUGAAUAAACAAAAUGUAUAUAUUUUAAUACACAAUAAAUGUUGAUUAUUAUUUAAUAA